UUACAGUUUUACUUCCGUGUAUCACCCAAAUCCGCUUCACGAAAUAAUUUUCCCGAAUUUGUACUCAACGUACUUAAGCCUCGACACAUGACGUCCCAUCAGUACUGCAGCCUUUAUUAAAUAUUCGUGUCCGGAUAAACACGCGUUGGUGUACGUUAAAGCGAAUUCUCCAGUUACCUUAGCUUAGCCUGCUAGUCACUCACAAAAAGACGCGUUUGUUCGUGACACGUUGAGAUGCAGAAAUCAAGUGUGAAUAUCAAUUGAUUGUGAUGGUCGUCUGAAAAUGUGUGCAAAAAGUGUGAAAGAGGAAUACGGGAAGGAACUUUCUGAAACAAAAGACGAGAAAAAGCCACAACGGCAACUACUUGACGCUGGUUUCAACAAGCCUCAGGAUGACUCACACAGGGCAGUUGUCAGUGAAGAUUUUCAUCCUGAACCAGAGCACCCUCACAUUAAAGAGGAAGAGGAGGAGGCUGAUGUCAGCAAGUUGCCAUUCACUUGUGUCAUUGUGAAGGUUGAAGGUGAUGAUGAUGAUGAUGAUGAUGAAGAGGAAGGUGAUGGAGACCAAUGUGCAGGAUCACAAGCAGACAGCCUCUUAGCUCCUGUAACAGACAGUGACAACAAAAUGUCUGACUCUGAUGAUGAACACUCAAAAGCUGAUAUGACAUGUCAAACUGAUGACAAACAGUGGGAAUGCUCUCUGUGUGACAAAUCCUUCUCUGCGAAAAAAAAUCUGAGAAGACACAUGAUGCUCCACACUGGCGAGAAACCUUUCAGCUGUUCGGAUUGUGGUAAAAGAUUUGCGAGUAAGGCACACUUGAAUAGACAUGCAAGAACACACACUGGAGAGAAACCUUUUUCCUGCUCAGUGUGUGGUCUUCGAGUAAGUCAAAAGAUUAAUUUAACAAAUCACAUGAAAACACACACCGAGGAGAAACCUUUUGCCUGCCCUUUUUGCGGGAAAGCGUUUCCUCGCAAAGCACAUUUGAACAGACACACAAGAAUACACACGGGAGAGAAAUCCUUUGGCUGCUCAGUCUGCACCUUAAGUUUCAGUGAACGUUCAAGUUUGGCUAAACACAUGAGAGAACACACUGGAGAAAAACCAUUUUCCUGCUCGGUUUGUAGUAAAUGUUUCUCUCAGAGACGCGCUUUGACAAGACACAUAAGAAUGCACACUGGUGAGAAACCAUUCACUUGCAGCGUGUGUGAUAAAAGAUUCCCUCAAAAGUAUCAGGUUAAGAAACACAAGUGUGUUGUUGACAAAUACAGCAGUAAAUGAAUCUGCAGAACUUAGAUAAACUGUGUUGAAGUUUGAGAGGGUGUGAUCGAACGGAUACGUGACCAUGAAUAAAUUAUAAUGGUGGGAAGUCAGGACCAGGUAGGCUCUCUCUGAUGGCCUCAAUACCAUCAGUGGCACUGACCUACAUUUACAACUUUGGUGAAAAUAUGUUCAUUUCUUGACAACAGUAUAUUUUCUCCAUUCUCUAGUGAGUGUCUUUGACUGCCCAGCUUCCAGUAGUGUGCAAUCAUUAUGAUCUGCCCACAGUCUGGUGGUGUUAAGAAGGGGAUGAGGUUACUUUAUUCCCCACUGAAGGCAUAGGUCUGAAAUGUGGGACCCGGUUGAAUUCAUGACAAAGUAUUUAAUAAAUGUUGAUUUCUUGUUCAUGAACAUUCUUGAUUGAGCUCUGCUAUUCAUGUACCUGUUGCUAUGAUCAUUAAAGUUGUGACCACCCUGAA